AACGUACUCCUCUCUCGUUUGUUUUGGUGCAAAAUUGCCUCUACAGUAUCACAAUAAACUGAUGACGUAAAGGAUGACAAAUCUCAAGUUUGGUAAAUGCACGAGGGCACUCAUUCACUCACAGCUGCGCGUGGGACGGGAGCAUAAUCGCGCGCACUCGGCUGCUAGUUGUAUUAGCGCAUGCAUCGCUCCAUCUUAUUUCAAUGGGCUGCGGUGGGAGUCGAGCAGAUGCUAUUGAACCGCGAUAUCAUGAGAGCUGGACCAGAGAAACCGAAUCGACGUGGCUUACCAACACUGAUGCUGAAAUCCCCAACGGCGUGACUUCUAAAAACCGCGUCGUGCGUGGAGAAUCUAGCCAUCUUAUUAAAGACCAUUCAAAACUAUCAGGUAGAGGUACUAUGGAGGCCAGAUCCUGUGGAGACAGAGGCAGACAGAUGGUUAAUGCUGGAACUCAAUGUGGAAAGCAGGUUUUGACUUCCAGCACCUGCACAAAAACAUCCUGCAGUCAUGAGCAGAUAAGUGACUCAAAGCAGACAACGCAUAAGGAGGAAACUAAUCAUACUGAAGGGGUUUCACCUAAUGCUGCAUCUAACCCAGGGGAUCCAUGAGGGGAAAACAACCCCAUCUUUGUCUGAUGCGGAGGAUAUACCUCGA